AUGAAUAUAUCAAUUUUACUGAGGCAUUCAGGAAUUUGGGUCAGCGAAGUGAAAUAUGAAAGUUACAAAAGUGACGGAAUCGUUGUUGGACAAUCAAUUUCAUUUUUGAAUCUCAAAGUAGCAAUUUCAGCCGAGUUGGAUAUCGAUGUAUCAAGGAAAAACAUUGAAAUUAGUUACAUCAUAGAAGGUAACUCUAUAGAGGUGAAGACAUGUCAGUUAUAUAACGAUAAAGCAACACUCGUAGAUGUGAUGGAGAAAUAUAAGAUAAAGAACAACUUCAAUUGCAAAGUAAAGAGAUCUGAUAGACAAAGCUAUGUGUUGGUAUGUUUUUCGGAUGAAUGUGGCUCGACUAUAAAGGCUUCCUUCAGAAAAAAAUAUGAUGUUUUCAAAGUUAGAUACUUCAAUAGUGAACAUACGUGUCCAAUGCAGGAUAGGGUACUAACCAAAGUCCAAGCAACAGUCGGGUUUGUUAGUGGUGUGACUGCUCCCAAAUUGGUCAACCAUAAAAUAAUUCAUACUCCGAAAUAUAUAAUUGUUGAUAUUAGAGAAUUCUAUGGGGUUCAAAUAUCUUACCAACAGGCAUGGCGUGCUAAAGAGCGUGCACUAGAAAUGAUAAGGGGUAAACCAUCUGCUGGAUAUAGACAGAUGCCGAGAUACAUAUACAUGCUAAAUACUAUUUAUCCAAAUUCUUAUAUAAGGAUGCAGAAGAAUGAGGAAGAUGAAUUUAUGUAUAUGUUUGUAGCCUUAAGACAAUUGAUUAGGGGGUUCGAUUACUGCAAACCAAUAGUUGUUGUCGAUGGUGCACAUCUAGGUGGAGCUUACAAAGGGACAUUUGUAUCAGCAAGCACACUUGAUGGGGCAGGAAUAUGUUUUUUGUAG